AAGCUGAUAAUUUUCUAGGCUAGUUUCCUUGGAAUUUGAUCCCACUAAAGCAAAAACGUUCGUCUAUUAACAAUACGUCAAUAGGUAGAAUUUACGAAAUUAAGAUUCUUGAACACAUGCUAGUAAUCCUGUAUUUUGAACGAGAUUUUAUGUGAGAAAGAAGCUUUCUUUGUCAGUCCAUCUGAAUCAACAAUCAUAUGUCGACGGUGUAGCGAUGUUGAAUUAUGUACAACGUGCGUGAGAAAUGAUGAGAUUGAACAAUGUCACCUCUAGCUCUACAAGACAUGUCUCAAGAUCGAGACAGAGAUGUUGAGAUAGAUAUUGACCGACAAGAAGAAAUCACUAAAAAUAUACCAACCCUUUUUCUAUCACAACCAAACAACAAAGAUCAGCGAUCCUUUUCAAGUAACUCGAAACAUUCACAUGACUAUGGACAACAAUUUCUUCCGCUACCUUCGUCUAAGUAUCGUUACACUAAAUGGUAUGAUGUAGAUUCUAUGGAAAUCAAGGGAAACAUGUUGAAAUCUCCAAGAAUCAGACGAGCUCCUAUUGGAUACAACAUUUCGACAUUGCAACAUGAUCAAAAACAAAAACGACUCAACUAUCAAAGCAAACUUGAAUGUUGGGAGACGUGUGAGGCUGUUAAUCUGUCGUUUCAAGAGCUUGGCCAUUCGUAUCAAUUGAGACAAUUUCUAGCUGUUCUUCAAAAACUAAUUCGUUGUGAAAGUCUUCAGUUGAUGGAUAAUGGACUAACUGAUUUAAGAAAUAUUUACUUGCCCAGAUGUAAACACCUAUGUCUUCAACGAAAUUAUCUGUCAAACUUUAAGAAACUUCCUAAAACUCCGAUGUUGGAGCAUCUAUCGUUACAGAAAAACAACAUAGCGUCUUAUGAAGGCCUUAGCGCUCUAAGAAAAACAUCGAUUGUGUCUCUAAAUCUUAAAGAUAAUCCUAUUGAAUUUGAUCCAUGGUACAGAAAAAGGGUAUUUCAAAUAAUUCCAAGUCUGCAGUUCUUAGACGAAAUCCCUCGACUUAACAAUGAGGAAUCUGACGACAUUACCAAUGACAGAAGUAAAUGUUGUAUUUCGUGAUAACGACUAAACUUGAGGAUGUUGUUGGACGAUACAUAAGCAUUCCUUAAAGUGAUGAAAAUUUGGAGCUCGUCUUCAUCUUCAUCUAAUAUUAAAGUGAACAAGAUAAAUGAAUUUUUUGAGUUUUCAGGACUCCUUAAAAUACCUGACAUGUGAUGUUGUUGUGCAAAUGUUUUAAGAAUGACCGCAGGCGGUGGGCUCUUUAUUUAUUUUAAAUAAAUUUUAAAUGAAUAUUGAAUAUAUCGACAAUAUGUACAUAACUGUUGAAUUUAUUUUACAACAUUAAAAAUGACAGUUAAGAUAA